GAAAGUCAGCUCUUAAAAUCUCCAAUAAAACUUAAUGUGUUAGUGCUGUAUUUUGUAUUAAUAUAGUAUUAUACAAAUCGCAAUUUUUACGAAUAUUAUUAUAGAUUCAGUGAUUUACGCUAAGGUCACUUGCAUUUUUUAUUUGAUUUUAAAGAUCCGGAUAAUUAUAUGCAAUAAUGCAAAACAGAAAUAUUGAACGCUAUCUAAUUGACGAUAGUAUAUUUCAUAAAAUAAACAAACGAUUUAUAAGUUUGGAUUUUAAUGAUGUAAGAAUUCACAAUCAGCAUUUGACUGAGGUUCUUACGAAAUUAGUAGAAGCUAUGCGACGACAAAGUCCGCUCUUUAAUAAAACGUUUCAAAGAAUCCUAUGGGCCGGCAGUUAUUAUAAAAAAACUCGAGUCGGAGAGCCAGAAGAAUAUGAUUUAAACUUUGUGAUCAACUUACCCUUUAAAAAGCGAGAUAUAGAAUUUAUCUCAGAUGGACCAGGUUAUAUUAAGAUACGUACGACUUGGAGAGAUAGAGAUAUGUCAUACAAUACUUUAAACUUAGAAAAGAAAGCAUUAAAAGAACUGGAUUCUUUAAUUGAUAAUCAAUCUUAUCUAAAUCAAGAAAAAUUUCGUACUUGGAUGGAAAGCAUUUUAAAUAAAGUGGCUUACGAAACCAGUAAAAGUAGUCGAAUUGUAUUGAGUGAUUAUAUCCCAAUAACGAUAAAAAAAGCCGGACCAGCGUUUACGCUUUCGUUUCAACUUUCUGGAAAGUCGGUUGAUAUUGAUGUGGUUCCUGCAUUACCUUUUUCGAGCUGUAAUCCACCACCAAAAUGUUCAAAAUUGUCUAUUUUAGAAAAUUCGACUAGAUAUUGGUCCGUAGUCCCUAAACCUUUGAAUAACAGUAAAGCCAGUUUUAGUGAUGCACGACAUCGUUAUUGGCGAUUAUGUUUUUACGAGUUUGAAAAAGAUAUACUUGAUAAUUAUGAAUAUGGACGCAUCAAGCCUAUAAUACGUCAUUUGAAGAAACUAAGAGAUACACAAAACUGGAACAUCGCAAGCUAUUAUAUCGAAACAUUAUGUUUGAACGAAUUGGAUAUUUUUCGGAUUUCGAACAGACAAUCAUUUACUUCUUUGUUCUUUACGAUGUUACAAAAGCUUCACGAAGCUUUUCACAAACGUAGCAUAAGAUACUAUUGGGACGAAGAUCUUAAUUUGUUGGAACAUGUUGGGCGUGAUGAAAUGAGAAGUAUGACAGGAAGAAUAAAUCACAUUAUACAAACUAUCGAGAAAACUAUCGCAAAUGAUAAAUAUGCAAUAGCAAGAUAUAUCUUAAAUAAAAGUGAACUUAAAAUCUUGCAAUCUUUAAGUGAUCAAUCCAAUUCAGAAUCAUUAGAAUCAUCGGAAUCUGAACUCGAGUCUGCAAACCAAUGGAGUUGCAUUAUUAUCUGACCACUCAAGAAAGAAGUCGACAAUAUUGGUGAUGCAACGUAUCAUGGCGAGACAAUCGGCCUCGGCCGAAUGUUCGUGAGGAAAAUUUGAAUCAAACAUAUAUUCAUAAAUGGCGCCGAGUUUAAGGCUGACUGGUCUUUCGCAACCAAAAUCCAAUUUCUUCCUUGGAUUAUUUUUUUUAAAUGGUCUUUCUACAAGAACAGUCUCAUGCUGCCUCAUUACUUGAUUCUCUGGCGUUUUUUCGUUAGCUUUUUGUCUAAAAUCCUCCGGCGAUUCGACAUCGAUGUCAUCGUUAUACUCCUUGUUUGUAUCGUUUUUCUUAUCGUUUAUAACUUUGAUAUAUUCGUUAUAGGGAGGCAUCGCUUGCGAAAUGGGCAUGGCAUUAAUUUUAGUCUUUUGUUCCAUUAUUACUACAUCUAUAUCCAACAUGGAGAGCGAAUCAUUGUACUCAUCAUCCAAUAAAUCUUGGACUGUCUUUGGUUCCAAAUCUUUUUUCUUAAAGAAAUCUUGAAACAUCUUCCAUGUAUCAAUGCACAGAAUUUUGUCGUCAAAAACCUUUAAUGGCAAAAAAUUAAUUGUUAUUGAAUAAAUAGAGAAAUAAAUAACUGAUCACC